CUCUUCUGUUUAGCAUCUACGAUUCAAAGCAAGAAAAAGAGAGAAUAUCAGAGAUGGCGUGGAUGAGGGUUAUCGUUUCUUGCAUUCUUGUUUCACUGUUUUGUUUGUCAUAUGCUGAUGAAGUGAAGUUGACAGUGAAAGGAGUUACUUCCAUAGGCAAGACUGAUGACAACUUCGUUUGUGCUACGUUGGACUGGUGGCCUGAGACUAAGUGCAACUACAAUCAGUGCCCAUGGGGAAAAGCUGGCAUCUUCAAUCUGGAUUUGAACAACAAGAUUCUUGCAAACGCCAUCAGAGCAUUCAACCCUCUUCGGUUGAGAAUUGGAGGCUCAUUGCAAGAUCAGGUUGUGUAUGAUGUUGGAAAACCGGUGAAGAAGUGCCAACCUUUCAAACAACAAGAUGAUGGCCUGUUUGGAUUUUCCAAAGGUUGUCUUCCCAUGGAAAGAUGGGAUCAGCUGAACAAGUUGUUCAGUGACACGGGGGCUAAAAUCACUUUUGGCUUGAAUGCCCUCUCUGGAAGGAAGAAAUCCUAUGGAGAUGCCACACUUAUGAUUGGAAAGUGGCAUCAUGGGAACGCCCGUGAUUUCAUGAACUACACAGCCCAAAAAGGAUACAAGAUCGAUUCGUAUGAACUAGGAAAUGAGCUAUGUGGUAGUGGGGUUUCUGCAAGAAUACUUCCUGAACAAUAUGGAAAAGAUAUUAUUACACUCAAAACAGUGCUCAGGAAGUUGUACCCUGACCCUUCUUCACGACCCAAGAUCCUGGGCCCAGGCGGGUUUUAUGACGAGCAAUGGUUCAAAACCUUCCUCCAGGUCUCAGGACCAGACGUUGUUGACGGCUUGACACACCAUAUCUACAACCUUGGUGCAGGUGUUGAUCCAAAUCUAAUCAAGAAAAUUCAAGAUCCCUUUUUACUAGAUGAAAUAGCUCAGACCCACAAGGAUGUUUCCACCACGGUGAAGUUGUUCGGGCCAUGGUCAGGAGCCUGGGUUGGGGAAGCUGGUGGCGCUUACAACAGUGGUGGCAAAGAUGUUUCCCACACUUUUGUUAAUGGAUUCUGGUACUUGGAUCAAUUGGGCAUGACAUCAACAUUCAACCACAAGGUUUUCUGCAGACAGGCCUUGAUUGGAGGAAACUAUGCUCUACUUAACACAACGUCAUUCAUUCCUAAUCCUGACUAUUAUGGCGCUCUCUUAUGGCAUCGUUUGAUGGGAAAGCAAGUUCUCUCUGCAACUCACAAUGGCUCUCCUUACUUGCGUGCCUAUUCCCACUGCUCAAAGAAAACAUCUGGAAUCUCAGUUCUUCUGAUCAACAUGUCAAAUUCGACAACCUUUGAAGUCUCAGUAAUGGAUGACUUGAACUUGUACCCUGAGGAUUAUAGCCUGUCGUCAGGAUACAGUAAAUAUGUAUGGCAAAGGGAAGAGUAUCAUUUGACUCCAAAGGAUGGGAACAUACAGAGUGAUGUUGUGCUGCUGAAUGGGACACCACUAAAACUCACAGAAUCAUCUGAUAUUCCAGCAAUGAAUCCACAGGUUGUUGAUGCUGCUUCACCCAUUACCGUCCAGCCUGAUUCCAUAGUUUUUGCCACACUGAGAGGGUUUGCAGCCCCUGCUUGUGCUUAGAUAGGAGUUUACAUACAAUUUCUUUUCAUAGUUUGC